AUUCGUGAUUACUUGCUCGAUGUACAAAUAGCACGAAUGAUUAAACGAAUUCGGCAGAAACUUUUUGAAGUAAUUCUCAAACAAGAAACGGGCUAUUUCGAUACGGUCGAUUCUGGCGAACUAACAUCGAGAUUAAUAUCUGAUGUUAAAAUCUUAAGUUCCGAUAUGACAUUAAGCAUCAAUUUAUUACUGAGCAGUAUUAUACGUUCUGUGGGAAUGGCUGUAUUCAUGUAUGUCUUGUCCUAUAAGCUAGCUUUACUGACCUUUAUCUAUAUGCCCUUGGUAGCCGUCGUCGUGGAUUACUUCCAAUCAAAGUUUAAGGUAUUAUCAAAACGAAAACAAGACGCUAUUGCUAAUGCAAAUUCAGUCGCCAACGAAGUGAUUCCUUCUAUCAAAGUUGUUCGCAGUUACGCCAAUGAAAAAGGUGAAAUUCUGCACUAUAAUGAUAAAGUCACCGAAGUAUAUGGCUAUAGUCUGAAAUUGGCAAGAGUUUUUGCCGGAUUUUUUGCUUUAACUGAUUCCCUUAGAAUUACUCUUAAAAUAAUUACUCUUUACUACGGGAGCUACCUUACACAUCACGAAGCUAUCGACAGUACAACGAUCUUCGCCUUUAUCGUAUUUCAGCCCAUACUGCAAGGAGCAAUACAGGAAGUUGGAACAAUAUAUGCCGAUUUAUUAGGGGCUAUCGGAGUUGCUGAUAGAGUGAUGAAACUAUUUACUCGAAUACCUGAAAAAUGCGAGUAUGGUGAUGAAAAGCCAUCAGAUUUCAAAGGCUAUAUUCAAUUUAACAAUGUUUCCUUCGCUUAUCCAAAUAAACCUGACACUAUGGCAAUUGAGAACCUAUCCUUUAGCGUUAAACCUGGUGAAAUUGUUGCACUUGUUGGUGCAAAUGGUUCUGGAAAAUCAACAACCAUCAAACUAUGUAAGAGGUUGUACGAGCCGAAAUCAGGAGAAAUUCUUCUUGACUCACGUCCGCUAUCAGAUUACGACAAUCAAUAUUUACAUUCCAAAGUAGCAAUGGUAGAACAAGGUCCAACCCUAUUUAGUCGUCUCAUUAGUGAGAAUAUCUCGUACGGAUAUAAAGACUGUAAAGACCGUAAAAUGAUCGAUGCGGCAGUAAUGGCAAAUGCGGACGAAUUCAUUUCUAAAUUAGAAAAUCGUUAUGCAAGUCAAGUCGAGGAACGAGGCCAGAAUUUAUCGGGAGGUCAAAAGCAAAGAAUUUCCAUAGCAAGAGCACUAGUUCGUGAUCCUAAAGUUUUACUUCUUGAUGAAGCAACUAAUUCUUUAGAUCCAACGAGUGAGCGUUUGGUUCAGGAAGCUAUUGAGAAAGCCUUUAAAGAUAGGACUGUUAUUGUCAUUGCGCAUACAACAAAUACCUUUAAAAGAGUGGAUAGGAUUUUAUUUCUAGAAAAUGGGAAAAUUGUUGAAGAAGGAAAUCAUGAAGAACUCUUAGAAAAAAAUGGUCGUUAUGCCAAUUUUAUUCAAAAAUAG